GUUAUUCUAGUCUCUUUCAGAGAUAUUUGAGGAAUCAGAGGAAAUCGUUCUUUAUCUUUCAAUUCUAACCUUUGAUUUAUCCAUCAUCGGGAGUAUGAUCUCAUAAUAGUUUGACCAAUUGAAUAUUAAUAAUUGCAAUGUCAACUCGUUAUUUGAGGAAAGUUUACGGUGGAUCUGUGAUUUCCAAACAGGAUCAUGAAGAAACGAGUGAUAAUGAACCCAUCGUCAGCGAUAAAAAACCGAAGCAGUUCAAUAUGUUCAAUCUGUUGAACGGUGAUUUCGAUAGUGACACCAGAGAAGAGGAUGAUGAGAACAUCGACCCAGAGCUCAGCCCGGACUCGUCGAACCCCUGUCCAAUGAAGCCAAAGAGAAAGAAGAAAAAAAAGAAGAAAGACAGAUCAAAAUUGGAGGACGUGUCGAGAGAAGAAUCUCAGGAUGAGAUCGACGAGAUAGAUCGUAGUGUACGUGAAGUUAAUAAACUCCUGGGUGAGCCUGUCGCUGGUUCCAGUAAAAUUGAUCAGAAGCCAGCGGUAAAAACGAAGAACAGCAUAAUGAGCAUUGAGCACAAGUAUCUGAAUCCCCACAACGAGUUAAAACGCAUCUGCGGAAGUAAAAUUCUACCAGGAGAUCAGAAUAAAGCGAGGGGACGAGGUAGAACUAAUCAUCUUCGUAAAACAUGGCUGACGACAAUUCCUGAUUGGUUUCCAGUGAGCAAAGCUGGCCUUUCAAUGACCAUCGACCGAACGGAAGACUCCAGUGAUGGUCUUCAAUACUUUGUCUUCACUCACAGCUCUGCAUACAGAAAUGUGCAGGAUAAAUUUCUCUUAGCAGUGGAGAAUCCCAAUCCAGAAGCCAUAAUCAACAUUAUCAAUGCAAAUCCCUGUCACGUGGACUCUCUUUUACAGUUCUCUGACAUCUCUAAAUUCAACGAGGAUCUCCAGAUGGCUGCGGAAUUGGUGGAGAGAGCAGUGCAUUGUUUGGAAUGUGCAUUCCAUCCGCUAUUUAAUUUGACAACUGGCAACUGCAGAUUGAACUACAACAACCAGACAAAUCGUCCCUUCUUUCUCGCUUUAUUCAAACAUCUGACGUUUAUUGGUGGCAGAGCUUGCUACAGAACUAGUCUAGAACUUUCUAAAGCCCUUCUCUCAUUAGAUCCCGUUGGUGAUCCAAUGGCAGUUGUCUUGUCGAUCGAUUUUUAUGCAUUGAGAGCAAAGGAAUAUGAGUGGUUCAUAGACUUUUGUAAUCUUUGGAAUGUAGAGAGAAAUCUCACUCAAUUGCCUAAUAUCGCCUACAGCCUGGCACUAGCUCAUUUUCGCAUCGAUGAUAAAGAGAGCUGCAGGGAAAAAGCUGAUAAACUCCUGCAGGAUGCCCUUUUCAUGUUUCCAGGGGUUCUCCUAGAACUACUUGAUAAAUGUGGAGUGUCCACUGAUACGAGAGUCCUGGGUCAUGAUUACUUCGGAUGUAGAGCUAAUAGCUCGACGAGUCCUGCCCUGGAGAAACUCCAGACUCUUUACGUCGUGCGUACUUUUCGCUUGUGGAAAGAGGCAGAUAUUUUACCCUGGUUGGAGAGCAAUGUUACUGCUGUUAUGGAUAGAAUCGAUGCUGGGGAUGAUUACGCAAAAUUCUGUGAGACAAAGAGAAGUGUGAGGUACCAGGGACAACCACCGAGAAAUAUUUUGAGGCACAUCGUUCUGUCGGAUCUCAAGGAAGUGUCUGUCGUGCAGAAUGCCAGUCAGUCGCAGACUCAUGUGUUUUCUCAUGAUCCUUAUCCACCUAUGAACUCUAUAGAUAUCUACCCCCGGGCUGGAACUCGGAGGCAGCAGAGUCAGGAUGACGGUUUAAAUACCAAUUUAUUCGCUCUAUUUGUCUCGUCACUUUUCAGGGAUCUUGAGAGACAUGUGCGUAAUCCAGAGCCUCACGUCAAUCAAGAAGAGGAGAGGGGUCAUCCAGAGGAGUUUGAUUGAGAUAUUUAAAGUUUAUCUUCAUUAAUGCGAAAAAUUUACUGUGGAGACAUAAUAAGUGACAAAUUUGGUAAUUUUGUUCGCAAAUACCAGUUCAGGAAAAAAUAUCGGGGAAGAUCUGCUUCUUUAAUCAUGGCUGAACGUGAAAAAAAAUAUACAGAAUAGUCCGUUAAUUAUUACUAGAAAAUUUUAUCACCAUUGAAUUAUUUAUCAAUAGUUUUGAAGUCUUUUAUUUCGAUUUUUUGAAAUGUAUUAUCAUCAGGGAAAAGUAACUGUAUCAAGCAUAUUGUGUAAAUAAUGAACAUAUGAUUUUUAGAAGCUUUUGGCACUUUAUACUAAUUUCACCAUUCUGUUGAUUUAGUAGGCUAACAGGAGAAUGAUACACGUAAUUUUCUGUAAUUAUUUCAAUCUUUUGGGAAUAAAUUCGGUAAAUUAUUAAAAACUUUAUUGACAUUACAUGUUAUUCUCCUUAGAUAGGACUCAACACC